AUGAGGGUCGCAUUCAAAACAUGUCUCACCGCUCUGCUCGUCGGUUUGAGCUUCACUGAGCACUCGAGUGCCAAGCACGCUAAGACAGUAUCGAUCAACACCGCUGAUGUCAGAGCAGGCUACCAGCAUGUCACUGCACGCUAUGCUUUGUGGGCCGAACGCAAGAAGCAGCAAGCAUCAACCAAAUCGAAGACGUUGAUCUUCGGAUCGUUGAAGCUGGCUGUGGCUGAAGCUCCCGAGAUAGCUCUCACACCUCCAGCCAAGGUACGUGGAACGACGCUGCGACUCAGCGCGGUCGGCGGGUUUCCCAAGAUGCUCGGCCAGACGUACAAUGCUGUGGUCGGAAUGGGCACACCUGCUCAAUACUUCAACCUGACGGCGGACACUGGAUCGAUGCUUACUUGGGCCGUGCAAGCUUCGUGCAAGGAGGUUGACUGUCCUGGUCUGAUGCACAAGACAACGUACGAUCCUACCAAGUCUACGACGAGCAAGAAGCUACGAGCUGACCACGAAGCGUAUGGAGAUGGAGAGAUGGAUCUGACGCUAUUCAACGAUGACGUCACUCUGAACACCACCGUCGUAAAGAGUGCCACCAUUGGUGGGGCCAACAAGACGUUUGAAAAAGAUGGCUCUCUCGAGCACGAUGGAUUGUUCGGUCUCGGCAGAAAGGUGGAUGCGGAUCCCGAAUCGGUUUUAGACACCAAGAGCAAGUCAGACAAGAAGUUUGUCGAGAUGUUCGCGAUCGACCUGGGUGCGCAGGCCAGCGUCGAGAUCGGCGGGUUUGACUUCGUCAAGUAUCCCAAAUUGAUACAGAUCAAAGUGGACGGCGACGAAGGAUGGCUACUUUCCAAAAGCAGUGUCACAGCUCAAGGCGCCGUAGCCACAACUCCCGUGGACCUGCUGGUCGACACGGGAUCGUCAGUGUCGAUGCUGCCAGAGUCGCGAAUGGACGCAAUCAUGAACCGACCAGGUCUGAAGGUGCAAAAGACGACCUCAGAGCCGAUCGUGUAUUCGAUGCCGUGCGAUACAAAGCUCGACGUUCAGAUGAUCUUGCCGGAUGGGACCAAGGUGCCGGUCAAGGACUCGGACAUUCUGAUGCAGAGCAAUGAUCCCAAGAUGCCUGGGUGCCUCAGCCUACUGGUGGGAACUACAAACCCUUUCCUGCCAGCUGUGGCGGGCACUCCCAUGCUCAAGAGCAUCUACACGGUGCUGAGCAGGUCUGAGUCGGGCGAUUGGAUUGGGCUUGCUCCCUUGGUGCAGUGA